AUGCAUACUCGAAAGUCUAAGAGCAUUGAUCUAGUUUCCUACGAUCCAGAGAUUGAACGAACAUUUCGAAAGCUUCAAAGAAAAAUCAAGCAAAAGUGUGCAUCGGUGUCUUUACCACCAUCUUCUCCACCACAUUUAAGUUCGGAAGAGGAGGAGGAACCACAAGAAGGCAUGGCUGAUAACCGUACAUUGAGGGAGUUGGCAAUGCCAAAUACGGAUCAACAACCAUUGUGCAUCACAUAUCCAAAUGCAGAAGGAGGAUUUGAGCUUAAGUCCGGCAUGAUUCACUACUUGCCUAAAUUCCAUGGCUUCUCAACAGAGGAUGCCAACAAGCAUCUCAUGGAGUUUCACGUGGUAUGCUCAGGAAUGAGACCAGCAAAUGUGGAUGAGGAGCAAGUCAAGUUGAGGGCAUUCCCAUUUACAUUAGAAGCUAAGGCAAAGGAGUGGCUUUACAAUUUACCUCCGGGAUCAAUGAACACAUGGAACCAGGUGAAGCACGCAUUUUUGGAGCAAUAUUUUCCGGCCACAAAAGUUGCAAGCAUAAGGAAAGACAUAUGUGCAAUCCGACAACAACAUGGAGAGCCCUUUGGAGAUUACUAUGAGCGGUUCACAUAUUUGGUUGCAUCUUGUCCUAACCAUCAGAUUUCAGAGCAUUUACUAAUACAAUACUUUUAUGAGGGAUUGUAUGGUACUGAUCGUGUAAUGCUUGAUGCAGCAAGUGGAGGAGCAUUCAUGGACAAGACGCCUACUAAUGCUAAGGCAUUAUUAAAGAACAUUGCUGGCAAUACACGACAAUUUGGAGGGAGAGAUGAGCUACCUUUUAAGAAAGUUAACGAGGUUAUUGUGGCUCCAAAACAGGUGUGUGGUGUAUGUUCAAUGAUGGGACAUGCCACAGACAUGUGCCCUUCGUUGAUGGAUCAAGGUGGUCUUGAGCAAGCUAAUGCAUUAGGAGGAUUUCAAGGGCAACAAAGGCAAAAGUAUGAUCCCUAUUCCAACAACUAUAAUGCAGGUUGGCGUGAUCAUCCACACUUAAAGUGGAACAAUCAAGAUAACGGACAACAAUCUGUUCCCAACAACUAUAACCGUCCGUCUGGCUUCUUUCAAGCAAAACCGCAGGCACCAUUUCAGCCUCAACAACAACAAGCUCCAAGUAAGUCUCUUGAGGAUUUAAUUGCUUCUUUAGCUAACUCUACUCAAUCUCAUCAACAGAAAACAGACAAAGCAAUUGAAAACCUUGAGCGCCAAAUGAGUCAGUUAGCAAGUUUAAUGGGGCAACAACACCAACCAGGAAGGUUGCCUAGCCAAACUGUGGUGAAUCCAAAUGCGGAGCAGAUGAAUGUUGUGACUUUAAGGAAUGGAAAAGAAGUUUUUGAGCAAGAUGAGGCUUCAACAGAAACUGAAAAUUCUCCUAAAGAUACAGAAUUGAACAAAAAAGAUUCUGAUAGGUUUAUGAAGUCUAAGAAAGAGCAAACUGAUAAGGAAAUCUUGGAUACUUUCCGGAAAGUCCAAGUGAACUUACCUCUUUUAGAUGCCAUAAAACAAGUGCCCAAGUAUGCAAAGUUCCUUAAAGAGCUUUGUACGAACAAGAGGAGAUUCAAUGAUCAAGAAACUGUGGCAUUAAGCGAGGAAGUAUCAACUGUUUUGCAGAGAAAGCUGCCACCGAAGUUGAAAGAUGCCGGUAGCUUUACCAUUCCAUGUGUAAUUGGAGGCAAAAAGUUUGGGAGAGCAUUGUGUGAUUUGGGGGCAUCCAUCAAUCUGAUGCCAUAUUCAGUGUAUGAGUCAUUGAACCUUGGAGACUUGAAGGAAACAAAGAUGGAACAUGAUCCUAUGCCUACUGCACUUCCUUUUAUAUUGGGAAGACCAUUCCUUAGAACAGCACGGACGAAGAUUGAUGUCUACGAUGGUACCUUAACCAUGGAAAUUGAGGGGGAAAACGUCAAGUUCAGAAUCUUCAAUGCUAUGAGGUAUCCUAGUGAAUUAGAAUCUUGUUUGUCUAUUGAUGUGUUUGACUAUUUGUGGAGGAUUGUUUUAAUGAAGGCACCCAAAUUGGAGCUUAAACCAAUUCCUGAACAUUUGAAGUAUGCAUUUUUGGUAGAGGAUGAAACAUUACCGGUCAUCAUAUCGUCACAACUUUCAACAGAAGAGGGGGAAAACUGA